AUGUCUGCCCUUUUUCAGGCCUCGCCGCCAAAACUCGACCUCGCCAGUGCUCACUCCCAACUGUUCCAAGUCCCCGCCUCUUCCUCUACAUCUUCCCUGUACUCGUUGUCCAUUAGUCGCAAGCGAGCACGCCGUGAGACAGAGAAACUUUCCUCCAAAUUCGAGUUUGAUGCCUCCAUCAACGCUUCGCCGCUCUUCCACGCCGACCACCAGUACGGAGUCGAUGAUUUCAGCGCAGAGCUCGACUACCGGCCAAACAGAUACCGCGAGUCCUUCCUCCCGCCAUCUCUAAAUGCAAGCUUCGAUGCAGGAGCUCCAGAAUCCUCUGGUACGAGCCGCAAGCGCAGCAGACGCGAUUCGUGCAUCGCUUCACCAACCGCCGACGAUGAUCCAACAGAUCUUCCAGUCGCAGCACGUCCCGGCUGGGGGCGUACCGUGAUCAACGUUGUCGGCAAGGUUCUUGAUCUCUGUUGGUCGGGUGCAUUCAGAGGCUUCUACGCUGGCGGUGGACAAGGCUAUGACAUGGAUGCAGGCUCCCCAGCGACAGCGACAGCGACAGCAACCUUCAGUCCCAACUGGCAACGAUCCCCGGAAAGGGAGAAGGAGAGCCAGAUUUUCAGAACACCAGUUCCUGGCCAGUAUCCCGAGGACGAUAUGGAUCGCAGCUGGGUGGUGGUCCCUACCGAUUCGACUGAUCCCUUCAUGGACGACACCGCUAGUCCAUGCGUGAAAGCCCGUCGAAUUCAUCAGGUCUCGAGCCCGCGCCGACGACAAGCCAUAAUGCCCAAACUGAGCAAGAGCUCUAAUCUGUCGUCUAUGCGGCCGUCUACUCCAUCGCGAAAAUCAGCUGCGUCGCCACGGGCAAAAGAGGGACCGGGUUCUGCUGAGAUGCAACGAUACGCAGCACGGGUGCGGCGUAAGGAGCGGGAAGAAAAUGCAAGUAUACAGCGCUUGAAUAAACAACUUCAAGCAAUGAUUCGGGAAGGAAAAGAGGCGCUGGGGACGACGGUGGAGGUGGAUGAUAUAGAUAUGGACUUUGACUCGUCAUGA